CACUUCCCUCCCAACACAACCCAUUCCUCAUCCUAACACUUUUCUCCAAAACCAUCCAACAAGGGAAACAGAAUAUUAUUCCAUUUUUUCACUUCCACACUUUCUUGCAUUCAUUCCCCAUUUUCAACUAUGGCCUCUUCAGCUCAAUUUUCCACCACUUUGGUCGUACUAUGUCUCUUCCAAUUCCUAGCAGGUUCAUAUUCAACGACAUUCACAAUUGUGAACAAGUGCAGCUACACAGUUUGGCCCGGCAUUUUAACCGGCGCCGGAACCUCACCGCUCUCCACCACCGGCUUCGUCUUACAACCCGGCGAGUCCAACGUGAUCACCGUGCCGGCCGCCUGGUCCGGCCGCCUCUGGGGGCGGACCGUCUGCACCCAAGACGCCACCGGAAAAUUCUCCUGCGUCACAGGCGACUGCGGCUCCUCCGCCGUGGAAUGCAACGGCGCAGGAGCCGCCCCGCCGGCCACGCUCGCCGAGUUCACACUGAACGGCGCCGGCGGGCUUGAUUUCUUCGACGUGAGCCUCGUCGACGGUUACAAUCUCCCCAUGAUCGUGGAGCCACAGGGCGGAAGCGGCGCCGGAAACUGCAGCGCCACGGGGUGCGUGGUGGACUUAAACACGCCGUGCCCGACGGAGCUCAAGGUGAUGAGCAGCGGAGAUGGCGUGGCGUGCAAAAGCGCGUGUGAAGCAUUCGAUGAUCCACAAUACUGCUGUAGUGGCGCUUACGCGACGCCUGACACAUGCAAACCCAGUUCAUACUCGCAGUUCUUCAAGAGCGCGUGCCCACGCGCUUACAGUUACGCUUAUGACGAUGGCUCCAGCACCUUCACUUGUGCCUCAGCGGAUUAUACCAUCACUUUCUGCCCCCAGCCAUCCACUAGUUCGAUUAAAUCGGGGAACGGGAAAUACCCAAUGGCGGUGGACACUUCGGGUGGUAAUGUGGACGUAAGAAAAAACAAUGUUAUGGCGGUGAUUGCUUAUGUUUUGGUGGCAUUUGUGGCAACUCAAUUAGGUGGCCCUUCACUGCCAAAGUUGCAUUAAAAUGGCUGGGCUAUGACUUUCUAUUAAUUAAUACACAGUGCAUGAUGGCAAUGGCCAGUCUCUAUCGGUUGGGCGAUCAACUUGCAUCAGAUUCUUACUUGUGUGUGAAGAGAUGCAAUGGGAACCGGUGCAAAGAUUGUCACUUCUCAACUUGUAAAACUAAAACAUUAAUUUGCCAUGUCUUCAUAUGGAGCACUUAUUUAGAGUAGGAAGGUUCAGAUGCACAGACAGAAUUAGGCAGCUGCCUUUUACAUCAGCUCACGAGUCUCAUACCAUUCAUGUGUUGUCCUCUGUCUUCAGAGAAAAAACAAAUAACAGGAGGACAUUUUGGGAAGAAUUUGUGACAUUUUAUGAAAAUAAAUAUCAUUACCAUUAAUUUGCUCCAAUUGUAAAUAUGAACAUCAAAUUUAUUGAGGUUAACAAAGUAGUACUCAAAUUUUCAUUU